AUGCGCAAGCUGAAAUGCGACGAGAAGAAGCCAAUUUGCGGUCAAUGCUGCAAAGCAUCGCGUGAAUGUGUGCCAAGCUCAGGCAUCGUCUUCCGCCAUCAACACAAUGCUUCGAUGAAUGGCGAUGAUUCGGGCGACGACAGCUCGCUCAAGGGCUUCUACGCGUACCGAAAUACCUUCGACGAGGAAACCAUCUGGCUCGACAUCCCACGGAAUGGUGAGACCCACAUGCCGACCUGCCAUCUCUAA